GAAGACUUGAAUUUCGUCUCUUGAAAACAGUAUUAAUUCAAAUGAAUGUAUUUUAUUACAAAUAAAAAAAUUUUAAAAAUUAUUUGUUUAGAGAUGUUGAAGAAGGAAACCCUAGAAACAAUACGAGAGAAUUAAUUUGGCAUUUGGAAUCUAACUCCCUCAUAUAUUUAUUGCUAUUUGGGCUUCUUCUUAUUAAAUGUUAGCUUUUCAUUCAUUUUUUGUAAGAGUUUAAGAAGCAAGAAAGGAUUCCCAUACCAUACCAUUUGUUAAGAAGUGCAUAAUACAGAAAAUCGAGAAACGCAGCUACCUCAGCUCAUUCAUUCUCCUUUAAAUCUGAACUUUUUUUUUUUUUUUUUAUUAUUAUUAAUAUUUUUAUUUACACAUCCAGAUAUUCUCGCGAGCAACGAUUUUUUAAAGAAUCAAUUUCGGUUUACCAAUGUCUUAUUCAAAGACACUGUCUCGCCUUUUUUUUUCAUCCUUUCCCAAGAAUACAUCAAUCCCAUUGUUUAGAUCACACAUCUUCAAUAGUCAGAAGUCUUUAUCGUUCACAUCAAACCCAAAUCAUCGGCCCUGUGCAUCUUUCUUCUCUACUGCGACUUUUUCCUCUGCCAACAACCGGUUUCAUAAAAUGACUGAAAGAACAAACGUAAACGUUGCUAUUAUCGGUACUGGUACCAUCGGAGGUGAACUGAUAAACCAAAUCAGGGACUUUAAUGUCACUGCCUCCCAAAAAGGUACUCCUUCCUUCAACGUCGUCGCCAUUACCAGCACAAGAGGCUACUGCAUCUCCAAUGACUACAAACCCAUUGAUUUGACCCAAUGGAGAAAUUUACAUGCUCAAAACCAAGGUGCUCUCUCCGUUGACGUUUUGCUCGAUUUCCUUUCGAGUUCUCCUCUCCCUGCCAUCGUGGUUGACAACACUUCUUCCGACCUCGUGGCUAGCUCUUACCCCAAAUUUUUGGCCAAGAACAUUAGCAUUGCUACUCCCAACAAGAAGGGUUUCUCUGCAAAUGCCGAUGUCUACAACUCUUUGGUCGAGGCUUCCAAGACAAGUAAUGGUCAUUUGAUGCACGAGGCCUCCGUUGGUGCUGGCUUGCCCAUUAUCUCCACACUCAAGGAACUCAUUGCUACUGGUGAUGAAAUUCUCAAGGUUGAAGGUAUUUUCUCUGGUACUUUAUCUUACAUUUUCAACGUUUGGUCUCCCAACGGUAAGAAGGGUACUGCCUCUUUCUCUGACAUUGUUAAAAUUGCCAAAGAAAAUGGUUAUACUGAACCCGAUCCUCGUGACGAUUUGAAUGGUAUGGACGUUGCUCGUAAAGUCACAAUUUUGUCUCGUCUUGCCGGUGUUCAAGUAGAGUCUCCCAGUUCCUUCCCCGUCAAGUCUUUGAUUCCUAAGCCUUUGGAAUCUGCUGCUAACGCCGAUGAAUUUAUGGCUGGCUUGCCCAAUUACGAUGCUGAGUUCGCCAAGAUCCGUGACGAAGCUGAGAAGGAAGGAAAGGUUGUUCGUUUUGUCGGUGAAGCUGAUGUUGUCAACAAGUCAACAUUGGUCAAGCUUGAAAAGUAUGAUGCCUCUCAUCCUUUUGCUAACCUCCAAUCUUCUGACAACAUCAUCGCUUUCACCACCAAGCGUUACCAAGCACGCCCUCUGGUCAUCAUCGGUGCUGGUGCUGGCCCCGCUGUCACUGCAGCUGGCGUUCUUGGUGACAUGAUCAAGAUUAUGUCUCAAGUUCGUGCUGGUGAUGCUCCUAGCGCUUAAUCAACUUAUUUUUUUGGAUGAGGGUGUUUUGAUCAUAUUUAGAAUUUGAAAAAUUUAAAUUUUUUUUGUUUACA